GUCUUGAAAAGUUUUAGUUCAUGGAUGCAAUCAGUCUUAAUGACGAAGUUUGCUUAACUAAGAGUCCGAGAAAGUCGAGUGCGUCAAGUAUAAGAAGCUGCCCUGUAACCGAGAGAUGCAGACAAGAACUGGAAGAUUAUGAUAUCGAGUUUGAUGUCAGGCCUCCGAGUGGUACAAACCAUCAGCAACCAGGAAAGCACUUGAGCAUAGACACGAGAUUUUCAGAACUUAGCCUCGAAAAUUCCUCAUUAGUUGCUGAAAGUGAAAGAGAUCAAUCCAGGUUACCGAAAAGUUUAUCCACCUCUCGAAACAGAAUCAGACACAGCAGAGUGCAGAUCCCAAAAGGAAAUUUUUACAUCACUUCUCCUUUUAAACAAGGGCCAGAGAAAGAUGUGAAAGGACCAGUUUUGGUCAUUGAUCCUAGUCUUGAAUUGAAGCAGCGGACCACUGCUGGAGUUGAAAAGAUUAGGAAGCAGCUGGAAAGGACAAAACGCACUAGAAAUAUGAUUCUUCCUCCUGCACAGUUACAAAGAGGUCACCUUAAGGCGCUUGGGCGGCCUAUGACAGCCUCUGGUCCUCUCGUGAACAAUUGUCAAGGAAUUGUGGCUGGUGCACGACGGUAUCAUAGUUUUGCAAGAAGGCAGACCAGCCCUUCACUAGAGCGUGUCAAGUCCUCUAGAGUGUUCUCAACUUCGGACACAGCCUUACCUGCCGCUGCACGGCUUAGAAGUCCUAGUCAGUUAUGGCGCCCAGAAAGUUCCAUUCAUAACACUUCCUGUGCAUCGUCUGUCAACGAGAGUAACCGCCACAGUGAUAGUAGUUUUUCUGAAGAUGGACUUAGUGAUGACAGCAUUGAUGUGGAAAAUCAAGCUGAACAAGUGACGGUAUUUAACCAGGAUGAGAAUGAAACUGAGGAAAAGCUGCUUUCCCCUAUAAAUAAGAACGAAACUCUUGCUAGUGGUUGUAAACCUUAUUUUGAUGACACAAAAAAAGAACACUCAGACGACGACAGCGAUGAAGGCGAAGGUCGAUGGGCACGACAGAAUCUUCUUCCUGCUGAUUCCACCUAUGAAGUUGAUCGAGAGCGAAGUAAUAACUCUGACUGUUUCCGAAAGGCAAGCGAUGAGAAAACUAUUACUUCUCAAGGGAAGCAAGGACAGUUAAAAACCUAUGGUGACAGGGAAACCAAGGGAACUUCAUAUUGUGAGCUUCAGAAUGAAUUCUCUGCUGACUCUUCAAUGAUCAAGUCGCACCAGAAGAACACAGAUAGGUUUCCUCCAGAAUUUCAACCAGGAGCUGAGGAGUCUUCUAGGAGUCUAAAUUCUAAUAAAAUCAUUGAUGUUCAUAUAAGGGUAGUCUCCAGAAAUGGACGUACAUGCGUGGGAACGCUUGACCGGUCUAACAACGAUAUUACUGGUGAUGAAUACCUGAAUAGCGAUAGCGAUGCCUUAGAUUCGAACAGGAUACCUUCGGCGGAUAUUUUUAAAGUACUUGACUCUCUGAAUCUAAGCACUUCUGCAAUGAAGCCUCGGACUCCUAGAGAGGAGAGACCAAAGGCAAAAAGGGUGCGGUCUGCUGGUUAUACGAGACAGACGGCUGCUGCUCUCAGUGAUAAAACGCCUUUGGUAAAAGGCAGCAAAGAGCCAAGACCACCCUCAGGUAAACGAAUGGGAAAUAGAAAAAAGAAAGAUAAAACUUUAUGUGAGGUAGAAAAUUCAAACACUGUUACUUCCAUGACAACUGGAAGAGCUAAUGACUUGACAAAGCAUGCAAGGGAGAAGUUACCGGGUUAUUUCACUGAGCAGUACAGAAAAAUAUUGGACGAGCAGAAUCGAGAUAGGACUAGUGUUUGUGCCUUGAAGAAGGAAUGUUCAUCGUCCAGCAUCGUGGCUGUGGCAGCGAAAGAAAUGACGAGUAAAGGAAGCGAUGGUGAUAAUGUAAGCGAUAUUGCAUCAGCUAUUAAACUGGGAAAAGAACAUGUAGAAAUGUCAAGUGGCAAGUCUUCCAUAGAAAAGACUCUAUUUUUUUGCGAGAAGCCGGAUAAAGGCUCGAACGGUGAAAAGUCUCCUCGAAGUUCCCAAACAAGUGUGUUUGUGACUAUGGACGAUAAAAGUGAAUAUAGAGGUGUUAACACUUUGGAAGAUAGCAGUUCUGGCGUGGAAACGAUGUCGUGUGUGACAGGUUCAUCUGUUUAUGGUGAUACUAUCGAUAAAAGUAAUUAUAGCACUGAAUUGGGAUGGAGUUCAAGUAAUGAGAACUUAUAUCCUGUGACUGAUGGACAACCGUAUGACGAAGUUGAUGAGUGUACUGAUAGUAUCAUUGAUGACGAUGAUGAUGGCGUUGAUGCUGGUUUUGUUGAAGACUUUGGCAAUGAUUCCACAGAAUUGGAAGUGGUUGCUAAAACGAUGACUUUGUCCGAGUCAAGAUAUGAUGCGAAGAAGAAGCCCAUUGCACCGAUUCCACCCCUUUGCUUCAGUAUUAACGCUAAAGCCCCAGAGGGGCAGUUGUAUUACUUCGCCUAUGGACCAGAAAUGAAUCCCAACAGGAUGGCUAUUUACUUACGUCGAGAGCCUAAGACGCGAUUGUGGGGUAUUUUGUUUGGAUUCCAGAUUCGAUUUAACAAGAGGGGUACAUCUGACGAGGCUGGCGGAUUCCCUAAUGUGGAAUUCUCUCCAGGACACUCGGUUGAGGGAUGUGUGUACGCGAUAACAGACACAGAACUGAAGAUGCUGGAUAACUGCAUGGGUUAUCCUACGCAUUACACUCGAGUGGUUGUACCGGUUUGGAUGCUGAACUGUGCCAGUCCUUCUGAACACGGUAUAGCUCAGUACUGUAUACCAGCGGUUUCGUAUAUUGCUCAAGAUGAGUGGAUCGUUAAUGAUUUAUCACAAAAGUUGGAGUGUCGCUACAGCGUGAGCCAAUGUUUGAAAGCCUCAGACAUACUAACACCUAACUACGUCAAAUUCUUGACCGACCAAGCAACCACCUAGCACAAGAUGUGGGCCUAGAAUGGAGUAUUGAAUAUCUGACCUCUUUAAACUUUAGUACGAUCUUCUAUAAGCAGUCAGGCGUAUUGAUCCAUACUCGUAUUUCUGUCUAGUACAAUACCUCCAAACAUCACGCACAUGCAUAACUGCCGUCACAACAAAGGUGGGGUGGGGGGGGGGGGGGGGUUCACUUCAUCAUUCUGUCUUUGUUUUAGAGACUCGCUGAAACUUCCAAAUUCUCUUCAAAAGAGCUACGUAACGUUAAUGCUAUUCUGAGUUCUUGCGAUAUGCAAAAUGACCUAAAAACUACGAUUAAGUCCUCGUCAGUCAGUUUAUAUCUAGCAGAUAUCAGUUAACCUUUUCACGAAUUCAGAAAGAAUGUAAUCUUAACAAAAAUACUUUUUACCUGCAGUCGAUUAACAAUCACGGCUUCUAGAAUUUUAAAUUGUUUUCUAGUUGAGAAUAUGUAAAUUUGUAGGAAAGGAGUGUCAAUUAUUGUUUUUACUUGUUUUUGACCUUCUAGAGAAAUGUUUUCGUUAAUCUCUGUCUGUAUCAACUACGGACUCUGCCCAGUUAGGUCCAAAGUUGGUGAAAAUAUUCUUGAUAUCAGGUUUCGCAUGAUAACAGGGGUCCCAAUCUCAGCAACUAGACAGGUGUUUUCCUGUGGAGGUUGCUAGGCUUAUUGCCCUGCAACAGCUCAGGCAGUAAGUCAAGUCCCUUGGUGGAGUGUGGUUGAGUUAAAAGAAGGCGGGAGGGGGGGACACUUAUCCAUUGACUAUGUUUUCCAAAAAAGUAUGUGAAAAAAGGGUUGAAAAGCACCAAAGAAGAAAGGCUCCAGUUGUCUCUGCAGUCUUCUCAACUCUACGUUUCUCCCCUGUGUCUUCUAAUCAAUCAAGUUCUACUACGGCUAACUUCUAGUGAUACCUCCUGGCUGACUACCCUGAGUACACGCAUUUGAAUACUUGUUAGGGAGGUAUGAGUGCGCAUACGAGCCGCCUGUCCUGGUAACAGAACCUCUCAUUUUAGAAAACUGUCCUAAAAUACGUCAUGACAAUCAAAAAAAUGAAUAACAAGAUACUUAAUGCUUCUGAGUAAACGUUCAAUCUUCAAAUGAUAGAGGGUCAAAAGGUACAGGAACUUUAUUGAAGGUCCAAAGCAUGGACAGUAGGCAAAUCUAAACAUGGCCACUAUGAGAAGUGUGUGUUUAAGAAUUAAGCCUUAUUGUGGCUAAGGACAACUCAAAACUUUGUCCGCGGGCUUGCAGGGCCUUGAGUCGCAAGGACUGCAUAGGGAUUUCAAAUCAAAUGAACGUAAAGAAACAUUAUUGAUAAUUAAAAACCUCGAUACGCGAACAGAGAAAUCAAAGUAAGGAAACUCCAUGUCAAGGCUAAACUCUAAACAACCUGGAACUUCAACGAAUCGAAACACAUCUUAACAACAGAAAAUGGACCGAUGAGCAAGGUGGUCAGUAAACUGUAGUGAUUUUUUAUUUCCUUUAUUAUGCAUUCAUAAGUCGAGGUUGAAAACUCGGCUCAAUAAAUAAUUUGUCACAAUUAAUAACUUACACCGCAGUGAGUUGCAUGCGUCAAAAAAAUCAAACUUUUGCAUUAAAUAAGUACAGUUUUCGAAGUAGACUUUGAAAAAGUAAUAAUUAUAUUUCAACAAGAAUAAAUAAUUUGUUUUAAAUAGA